AGCAUUGUCGUCCAGCGCUGAGAAGAGCAGAUUUGUUCAGUACCCGCCCAUAGCCUAGUGCAGUACAACUAGUGGGACACGGCGUCAGGAAAAGAUUUGCUGAAGUUUUCGACAUGAAGAUCCUUAUUCUUGCAGCAUGCGUGGCUGUGUCCGCAGCAUUUAUUCCCGGAGAGAGGCCAGCUUGCAAUGCUGACAAUGUCGAAGGCGGUAGCAUCCUGUUGGCUCACGAAAACUAUUGCCAGCUUUUCUACGCCUGUAAUGGCGACCAGCAAUCUUUUCCCAUGAGUUGCCCGGAUGGCUUCCUCUUCACUUACGCCAAUGGUCUGGCCAACUGCUUGCUACCCAGCGAUGAUCAAGUGACUUGCGUUAACUGGCCUUGCACGCAGCUCGAUGUUGGAAAUCGUUUCCCCGAUACUUGUUGUGGCAAGUACUGGCAGUGCGUCUCCCCAGGG